CAACUAACCUCUGAAAAUUCCGAAACGGUUAUAAAAAUUUGAAUACAAAAACAAUGUUUUUUAUUCAAAGAUAUAAAAGGAGUUAAAUGAAUUAAAUUAUAUACGCCAAUACUUUUGAUACCAAGAAUUAAUUUCAAGACAAUUGUCUAUAUUAUUAUCAUUUAUUAUUAUCGAAUUAAAUAACAAUGAAUUAAAAAAACAGUUAUCUCAGAUUCAAAUGUGAACAUAAAUUUAUUCAGUUUCUGUUUUUGCUGUUGUAGUUGAUAAAUGCUAAAAAACCUUAGAAGUUUUGAAAAAAAUUGUUCAAAAAAUGAAGGAAAAUACACCUAUAUAUCAAAUAAGGAAGUGCCUUUUCGAAAAACUUCAAAAUAUCUCAUAUUUUAAGGGGCAAUUACAAGAAAGAGAAAAAAUACUCAAACUGAUUCAAAGUACUGUAGAAUAUGGAGAAUCUAACUCUGCACUUAUUAUAGGAUCUAGGGCUUCAGGAAAGACAACUCUUGUGAAUGAUAUUAUCAGGGAAGUUACAUUGUUAAAAACUUUUGAAGACAAUGCUCUUCUAGUGAGAUUACAUGGAUUUGUACAUACAAAUGAUAAUUUGGCUCUGAAAGCUAUCACCCGACAGAUGAAUUUGUUGAAUGUUGUUGAAGGAAAAGUUUUUGGAAGUUUUGCAGAGAAUUUGGCUUUUCUUCUUGAUAGCCUGAAAUCUGGAAAUAAAGAAACUUCAAAAAGUAUCAUAUUCAUUUUGGAAGAGUUUGAUUCUUUUUGUAAACAUCAUAAUCAAACCCUUCUUUAUAAUUUGUUUGAUAUUUCUCAGUCAGCCCAAACUGCAAUAUGUGUCCUAGGAUUAACAUGUCGUUUAGAUGUUGUUGAACUUCUAGAGAAACGGGUUAAAUCUCGUUUUUCACAUCGACAGUUAUUUUUAUUUUCUGAUACCUAUGCUGAUGAGAAAGGCAUGUUCAUUGUAAUGAUGGACAAUAUUAAGAGUUUAUUGAUCCUCAAGCGAUCUGAUUCAGAUGCAAUAGAUAAUAUACCAGCAUCUUAUAUUUCAAAGUGGAAUAAACAAGUACAACAUUUGCUCGAAAAUAAAUCUUUCAAAAGUAUUCUUCAGAGGUUUAUGGACAUUGAUAUCAGUAAAAACAGAUUGAAAAUCAUUUUGAUUCCAAUCAUUUCUAGUUUGAGAGAUGACAAUGAUACAAUCACAGUUGAAAGUUUUCAAGAGCAACUAAAUAAAUUUGAGCAAGACGGUACUAUACAGGCUAUACAUGAUCUUAGUGUCUUAGAAUUAUGUCUUAUUAUAGCUAUGAAACAUCAUACAGAUAUAUUCAAUAAACAACCAAUGAAUUUUGAAAUGGUUUUAACAAGAUACACAAAGUUUGCCAAUGCUAAUUCUUCUGUUCAAAGUGUUCAGAGACCAGUUGUUAUGAAAGCUUUUGAGCAUCUGCAGAAUUUAGAGCUUAUAUCUUUUGUCAGUGGCGGAGGAAGCAGGAUACAGAAAGAAUAUCAAUUAUUUAAACUUGAGGCAACAUCACAACAGAUUGCUGAAGCUGUGAAAUCAUGUCCUGGUCUACCAACAGAGGUAGUUCAGUGGGCAAAAAGUUCUUUGAUUUGAUAUUUUUUUCUGUAAUAAAAAAAAUUGAAUAAAAAGUUUCAACAAAAUAUUCAUUGGAGCCUUUCUUGAAUAAAAAUUUGAUGAAAAAACUUAA